UAAGAAGUGCUGAUACCGAUAUUGCGGCUAUAAUGCUUGGUAACAUGCAUCAUCUUAAAAGUGAUUCGGUUGUUUGGAUGCUUACAGGCACUGGAAAUAAUUUAAGGUAUGUGGACCUAACCAAAAUACAUGCAGAGUUGGAACUGUUAACUUGUCAGAGCUUACCUGGAUUUCAUGCCAUCACAGGUUGUGAUUUUAAUCCUGCGCUCUUCAGAAAAGGAAAAUUAAAACCGUAUAAGAUAUUAAAAAAAGAUCCAGAGUACCAGGAAGCUUUCAAGAACUUCGGCAACAACGAAUUAAUUAAAAAUUUAAAUCAUCAACAAAAUAUCUUUUAUAUUAUUCAGAGAUUUAUAUGCAAUGUCUAUAAUGUCCCUAAUGUAAUUGAUGUUGAUGCCGCUAGACUUCAAAUAUUCAUCGACUCGUACACAGUCUCCGAUGUAAACGAAGCUUUUGACCGAAAGAAGUUGCGAAAUUUUGACGCUAGCAACCUACCACCUUCCGAACUACUGCAGCAAUUUCUGCGAGCAAAUUAUAUAUGUACAAUUUGGAAUAAUGCUCAUUUAAAAAAUCCAACCACAUAUCAACCAGAAAAUAAUGGCUGGGUAUUAAAAGAUGACAAAUACCAGUUCAAAUGGUUUGAAGGGGAUCAACUGCCGAGUUAUGUUAGUGAUUCACUCAAAACUCAAUCAGACACUGAAGAAGAAGGUGAUGUUGAGGACGAUUCUGCCAUCGACUGGAGUAGUAGUGAUGAAGAAAAUGAAAACAUCGACGACAAUGUUUAAAUUAAUAAAUAAGUUUAAUUAUCUUUUUUUACUUGUAAUUAUACUUUUUUUUAUAUUUUUAUGAUAUUAAACAAACAUUUUUUACUUUAUAUAACAUGGCUAUGAACGUAAUAAAAUAAUUUUUUAUUAGAUAUCUUAAAAAAUAGUAAUCGACUAAGCAUUCGCGCUCGCACCUAUAGUGGACUUUCGAUGUGUCUGGCAAGAUGUAAAAACCACGAAAACUGUCCGGCUAUUGAGGUAAUAUCUUUUUAUAAGUUCCCAAGUAACAUAUAUAAAAUUUAGCUUUUAUACUAUAACGAAAGUAUAAUUAUAAUUUAUUAAAGUUUAGGGGUGUCUGGCAGGGGGUAGCAACUGUCAUAAGUGUCCGGCAAUGGAUGACGAGAUUUUUAAAGUUAUCCCGAAGGAAAUAUUAAAAAAUUGAGCUUUAUACUUUAACGAAUUUCAAGUACUAUUUUAUACACCUUUACUACCUGUUACCUGCCCAAGUAACCACAACCCAAACUUUAUAGUCGCUGGUCGUUCUUACCUGUAUAGGAGACAUCUACAGAGAAACUUUCAACUUUUAUAAAAUAACGAAGGUCUGGCUGUCGUGGGC